UUCACUCUCUAUCUUCAUAUUAUAUUAUCCAAUUAAAUUAUUCACACAUUCUCUCUUAUUUAUAUCCUACCCUAAAAAAUUUCUUCUCAUUCACUUUUCUCAAUAAACCUCAAAAACCCAUUUUCUUCUGUAUACUCUACCAUACUUUCAAUCCUCCAAUAGAUAACAACCCAUCAAUCAAGUUUCAAACUUUCUUUAAUUUCAUUAUUUUCAAUUCGUGGGUCAUCAAAAAAACAGUGAAGUUUUGGUUUGUUUUUUUGUUGUCAAAACUGUUGUGUUUUGUUUUGCUACUAUGGAGUUGAUUUCAUGUUUACCAGAAGACAUAGCACGAGAGUGUUUGGUUCGAGUUUCAUAUCAAGAAUUUCCGGCAGUUGCCACCGUGAGCAAAGGGUGGCAAACGGAAAUUCAGACGCCGGAGUUUCGCCGUGUACGGAGGAGUACAGGUCAUGCUCAGAAAAUCCUAGUCACGGUUCAGUCCAAAUUUGAUUCUGAAAAAAGCAAAACCGGUUUAUUGGCUAAAGCUACAGCGAACCCGGUUUAUAACUUGAAUGUAUUGGAAACUGAAACGGGUAUAUGGAGCGAGUUGCCAAUGGGACCCGAAUUAUGUGAAGGGUUACCCUUGUUUUGUCAGAUUGCGGGUGUCGGGUAUGAUCUAGUUGUUAUGGGUGGGUGGGACCCUGAUUCAUGGAAAGCUUCAAAUUCGGUGUUUAUUUAUAGUUUUUUAUCUGCUAAGUGGCGCCGCGGGGCCGAUAUGCCUGGUGGGCCCCGCACAUUUUUCUCUUGUGCAUCAGAUCAUGAAAGAAUGGUCUAUGUGGCGGGAGGACACGAUGAGGAGAAGAAUGCAUUGAAGUCAGCAUUUGCGUAUGAUGUGGUAGAUGACAUGUGGAUCCCGCUUCCUGAUAUGGCGAGGGAGCGCGAUGAGUGUAAGGUUGUGUUUUGUGCCAAAGACAAUGGCUCUGGCACAAUCAAAGUUGUUGGUGGAUAUCGUACGGAGAUGCAAGGGCGAUUUGAACGUAGUGCAGAGGAGUUUGGUGUAGCCACGUGGCGGUGGGGUCCAGUCGAGGAGGAGUUCUUAGAUGAUGCCACAUGUCCAAGGACUUGUGUUGAUGGUUGUGAUUUGGAGAGAAAAAUGUACAUGUGUAAGGGUGAUGAUGUGGUGGCAUUGGAUGGUGAGACAUGGCAGGUGGUGGCCAAGGUACCUAGAGAGAUAAGAAAUGUUGCUUGUGUGGGAGCUUGGGUAGAUGCAUUGUUAUUGAUUGGGUCUAGUGGGUUUGGAGAACCUUAUAUGAGCUUUGUGUUGGACCUAAAGAGUGGUGUUUGGAGUAAACUUGAAAACCCAGAAAAUUUCACUGGCCACGUUCAAUCUGGCUGCCUUUUGGAGAUUUAAGAAUUUUGUUUUGUUCUAAUAUAUUACAGUGUAAAUAUGAAGCAACAUUUUUGUUUUCUUUUGUUAAGCUACUUCCCUUAAACUUUGAGAAUGUUUACCUAUUCUAUGAACGAGUUGUGUAAAUUGAACUAAUUUCUCUGUUAACAA